CAGCUGUCUACAGGAGAUUCCGGUGACUCCUAAUUUUUUGGCGCGACUCUUUAGAACAAACUUUUUAAGCCUUAGAGCGGUCCCUGUGAUAACCCUGUUUUCGUGACCAGUUGCCUACGCUGGUAACAUAAAACGUACGUAAAUCCCGAGUUGAAUGUGAUUUGUUUGAUUUGGCCUGUCCCCAAAGGAACGAACUGACGUAAAUAUUUUUUCAAAUCUCACGCGAUAACAAGGUUUGAGGGCCAGCUCGUCACUCCGAAAAAACGGAAAUUUCCUUUCGGGUAGAAUUCUCGGCCUUUCAGCCAUUGUUGUUGUACCGUGAUGCUGAGCGGCAUUAUUCGCGCCAAUUUUCUCGUUAUUUUUUCGCGGGAAACGCCAUUCAUGGAAUGAAGUCACGUGCGUCUGCUUGUCACUUGAUCCAAUCAGCGUGCUAGCAUGUGUAGUGUUUGCCAUUCAACUCCAUUUCAUUGUUCCCAUCUCGACCAAUCACGCGGCGUCUCGCUACUCUGUUGUUGUUGUCAAAAUGCUAAUAGCUCGUAUUUUUGAGACCUCGUGGAAAAGCUGGAAAAAAAAUUUUUGUUGCGUCCCACCCACCAAGUCAAAGUUUGGCUGCAAUUCGUUCCACUGAAAGCGUUUGUUUUAAUCCACUGUUGAUGCGAGAAUAUGCCAGAGUCUACCAUAGAUAGCAGAGAGGUUUUGGAGUCCGUAGAAGCCGGUGGGCGCCGCAAGAAAGCAAGAUUUCCUAACCAGUGGAGUUCGGCUACAACGCCGCACCAGCGAACUUUGGAGCUCGAAGGAGUUAUCGAGGUUCUGCGCGAGUAUGAUUCCAUCGAAGGCAACGAUAUUAAUUGCUCUAUUUGUGGAAAGUUGUAUAAAAGUAAAGUGUGCUUUACGAAGCAUUUGUGGGAACAUAGUGUUUACUGGGAUUUAUUCGACGCGCUGAAAAAUCAAGAGCGUGUCUUGUCAAUCCAAGCUGCAAUCAUCCUCUCUCAACCAUAUCUGGAAUUUUUGCUCGUCACAUCUCCUACUUCAACAGAAAAGAAGAAAGAUGAUCCGAAGCCGAAUACUAUUCAUCGUAAGAACUCGACCACAAGAAAGAGACAGAGAGAGUCGUCGACGUGUUCUGUAGACUUCUAAUUUCUUAAAUAUUUUUUCAUAUUCUCUGUAUGUAUAUGGUGUGUCGUACGCUCACACAUUUGUUUAUAGCACUUGUGAAAGUGUCUUUGAAAUUAUAAAUAUCUAUAAAUAUAUAAGAAGAGAAAAGUUAAAGGUGUAAAUGAGUUGUAUUUUGUUGUGGGAAAAGAUUUAACUCUUGUAGCAUACACCCACAUUUGUAAAUGAUGUUUGUAUUUCAUUUAUUUCCAAAGUGACAAAGCUCGAUAUCUCGAGAUUAAAAAUGAAUCUAUUCAAAGGUUGUUACAUGCCAAUAAAGUUCAUUGGAUCAAAGUUGUUCUGCAGAUUCUUUUGCGGUGUCUGUUAACGAUGUUUUGACGGUCCAAAACAAGACAGCGGCGUUUAGGUUCCCUCGACAGGAACCGUCGAAUUAAUGCCCGCGUCUAGGGGCAGAACUUGAUCCGAAAGUAAUUCCUUAGGUCUUAGUCAAUGCUAAUUUUUUUUUUUGCUUUUUAUGAGCAAGAGCCUCUUUUACAAAGUACACUUACCACAGGAUUUAGAGCUGCGCUAUGUUUACAAUCUUAUCCCGUGGGAAUACGUCUUAAGUGUGUGGAAUGCGAAAAAUGUUUCUUGGGAAACAUGUUCUGUCAACUUUUUUUGUAGAUUCCCGUGGAGGUCAUACAAAUGAUUAAUAACAUGGCUAAAUUAGAUCCUGGAAGGCAGCUUUUCGGUCCUUACUUCAUCACGAAAACUUUUCCUAUCGCCUCGGGAGUUAAUAUCAUACGGUAUCUGUUAUGGUGCAUUAAGUCAUCCUAGCGGAACUCGUUCCCGCUCGACACGCGGGAAAAAAAAUUUUUGGCGAGGAAUUGUCUACCAUUUGAUUAAACAGCUCUAAAGUCUGCCAACCGUAAGUUUCCACCUCGCCAACUGGGACAAACUGUCAACGUGUUUUGUUUGUACUCUAAACCCUUGCUUUCUGGGACCAGCCAUAUCAAAAGUAGUUUGGUAGUAUAAAUUCAUGCAAAUAGCUGAGAAUAAACGGUUCAAUACCGCU